AUGACGGCCUUUGAUGGUAGUAAAAGAGAAACCAAAAGCUUCUUUCGGAAGAGCACCACAGUCGAUACACAUGAGCCAAUAUGGACCGUGUUUACUGAUGGGUUAUCAAAUGUUGGUGGAGCUGGUUUUGGUUGUGUCAUCCUUACUCCCGAAGGUUCAAGGAUUGAGAAAGCAACCAGAUUGGAAUUUAGCGCACCAAACAAUGAAGCUGAAUAUGAAGAUGUAAUUAUCGGUUUAAAUGAUGUCAAACAGUUAGAUACGAAUAACGUAAAGCUGGUCACUGAUUCUAUGCUAGUAGUCAAUCAGUUUCUGGGCACCUACAAAGCCAAUGACGAGAGGAUGGCCUUAUACUUGGAUUGCAUGAGAAAACUGGCAAACGAGUUAGACCAGUUCUCUAUUGGGCAGCGACCCCGACUGGAAAACAGGCAUGCAGACGCUUUAGCAUAUCUGUCUUCCCAGUUGAUACUGACACCACUCGUUUCGUGGUAG